GCCGUUUGGUUGUGUAGGGUAGUCGCGCGCAGUGUCCGUGUUUAUCGGUGGCGUAGUGUAAUCGGACGGGGCCCUUCGAAGCGUCUUUACCUGUCCGCGAGCACAAUUGGUAUUGGUGCACUUCCACAAAACAACAGUCCAGUCCAGUGUGUGUCGUGUGACGAGAGAUUACGACAGCUCGAUCUAACCGCUAACCCCGUGCAUCGACAAUAGAAAACGAUGCACUCGCCCUCCGUCUCCUCCGUCCGCUUCGUUGGUGUGCACUUUAAAGGGCUACUGGCACGGGCAGCACUACCACAAUCAGCAUCAUCCCAUCAACAACGCGGAUACUGCACAGGCUCCAGCCCGGUUGCGCAAACAUCAUCUCGAUGGGCGACAAUGAUGGCAACGGCGACGGUGCGGCGGUUGGGCGUAAAUGCACCGGCCAUGCUUGUCGUACGGCUGCUGAGUGGCACCGCGAACAGCAGCAGUACACUAUCGUCCACCGGUGGAGGAGCAGGUCAGGGCAGUGAAAUAAGCAGCUGGAACAAACGGAAGCCACAGUGCCGAGAGCAUCAUCAGCUUACCUGCGGGCAGGAACAGCAAGCACACUCACCGUUUUUCCACGUGCAACAUCAAAAGCAGCGCAGCAUGAGCACUACGGGAGCAGCCAAGAAAGGGUUGGUGGCCGUUGAGGAAGCUCGCCGCUUCAUGGUGGACUGCCUGAUAAAGUCCAACACUCCGCCGGCCCACGCGAAACAGCAGGCCGAUCUGCUGGUGGAAGCGGACUACCGUGGCCACUUCAGCCACGGCAUGAACCGGCUCGAGAUGUACAUUAACGAUCUGCACAAGAACGCGUGCAACGGGUCAGCCGUACCGGCCGUGCUGAACGAAACGCCGGCCACGGCUUGGGUCGACGGGAACAACGGGCUCGGUGCGGUCGUCGGUAACUUCUGCAUGGAUUUGGCGAUCCGCAAGGCGAAGGAGGUCGGCGUUGGAUGGGUUUGUGCGAAGCGAUCGAAUCAUUACGGCAUUGCGGGAUGGUACACGCUGCGUGCGAUGAACGCUGGCUGCAUUGGCAUGUCGAUGACGAACACUUCACCGCUGGCCAGCCCAACCCGCAGCAAAGAGGCCGCCCUCGGGACGAACCCCAUUUCGGUGGGAGCGCCCGGGAAGGAUGGCGAUGGGUUCGUGCUCGACAUGGCCACCACGGCCGUCGCUGUCGGAAAGAUUGAAAUGCAGCGCCGUAAGAACGAACCCAUCCCGGUCGGCUGGGCCCAGGGUCCCGAUGGACAUCCGACGACGGACGCAAGCGUGGCGUUCGACACCGCUUGUCUCAUGCCGCUCGGCGGCACCGAACUAACGUCCGGCUACAAGGGUUACGGGCUCGGUGCGAUGGUGGAAGUGUUUUGCGGCGUGCUGGCCGGUGCGAACUACGCCACGAAGAUCCGCAAGUGGACCCACGCCGGUGCCGAUUCGGAGGCGGAUCUGGGCCAGUGCUUCGUGGCGAUCAAUCCCGCCUGCUUUGCACCGGGCUUCGAAGGCCGGCUGUCCGAUCUGACCGGCAUUCUGCGCAACAUGCCAAUGACUGAUCCCAAUCAUCCCGUCCUGGUAGCAGGAGAUCCGGAACUGCACCACAUGGCAAUGGUGGACAAGGAAGGUGGUCUUGCGUACCACGUAAACCAAAUCAAGACCUGCUCCGAGCUGUCGGAACGGCUGGGCGUGAAGCCGAUUGAAGUGAUUUAAAGUAAAAAAAGGCGCAACACGCAGCAGGUUUCAGAGUAACACAUAUCAAUGUUAUGUGCUUUGUCCUUUUUUUGCAUUAUUGGCAUUUGUUGCAUUUUUUUCAAAGAUUCCAACCAAAGGAAACCUUUCAAUAAAGUAUUAACUUGAUAAGGACUAACUAAAA